AAUUCUUUCAUUCAGGAUCCAACUGCUAUUUCUCAGCUACAAAAGAAACCCCGAUUGGAUAUUAAGCAGGAAGAUAUUAUGCAGCAGCAGGUUUUGCAACAGCUGUUGCAGAAACAAGAUCCCAUGCAUUUACAGAACCCCAAUCCUCAGUUGCAAGCUCUAAUUCAACAACAGAGACUAAGACAGCAACAGCAACAGCAUCGGGAACAGCAACAGCUUCUUCAGUCUAUGCCCCCCAUGCAGAGAGUUCAGUUGAUGCAGCAACAACAGCAGCAGCAGCUAAGACAGCAGCUUCUACAACAGGGAAUGCAGCCUGCGUCUGGAAUAAAGCGCCCCUAUGAUGGUGGUGGUGUCUGUUCACGUCGACUAAUGCAGUACUUGUAUCACCAGAGACAGAGACCUGCUGACAAUACUAUUGCCUAUUGGAGAAAAUUUGUAGCUGAGUAUUACUCUCCACGUGCAAAGAAGAGGUGGUGUCUAUCCUUAUAUGAUAAUGUGGGGCAUCAUUCCCUAGGAGUAUUCCCCCAGGCAGGAAAUGAUGCAUGGCAGUGUGACAUUUGUGGGUCAAAAUCUGGAAGGGGAUUUGAAGCGACAUUUGAAGUGCUCCCCAGACUCAAUGAAAUCAAAUUUGGUAGUGGUGUCAUCGAUGAGCUUCUUUUUCUGGACUUGCCUCGUGAAUGUAGAUUUCCUUCAGGAAUGAUGAUGCUGCAGUAUGCCAAGGCAGUCCAAGAAAGUGUAUAUGAACAACUUCGCGUGGUUCGUGAGGGCCAGCUUCGCAUCAUUUUCACCCCUGAUCUUAAGAUAUUAUCAUGGGAGUUUUGUGCACGUCAUCAUGAAGAACUUCUUGCUCGCAGAUUGGUUGCACCACAGGUGAAUCAAUUACUGCAAGUUGCACAAAAAUGCCAAAGCACAACCAGAUAUACAAGCAAAUAUUGUACGACUACGACUACGAGUCAUGUCAUUUAUUUUGCAGAGGGCUUGAAGAAUUUCCCCCGAGACACCUCCACGCCCAAGGUUCAGAUGCAAAAGAUGCAAGAAAUGGAACAGGUGGGUGGUCUUCCUAGUGAUCGCAACACACUCAACAAGCUGAUGUCACUGAAUCCCGGGCUUAAUGGAUCGAUAAGCAAUAACCAACAGCUGGUUGGUCGUGGUGCUCUGACUGGCUCAGCACAGGCUGCUCUUGCUUUGACUAACUACCAGAAUUUGCUGACGAGACAAAACUCGAUGAACUCAGCGCAUAGCUCACAUCAGCAGGAUGCGUCUUCGCCUUUCAGUACAUCCAGCCAGCCUACAACUCCGGGUAUUUUGCCAGGUAGCUUUCAGAAUCAACCAGCCGGCAGCUUCUCUGGUGGCCAAGCUUCUCAACGACAGCAGCUAAUGCAGCAGCAUUUGACAAAUGGAAAUGGCCCAUUGCAUCAACAUCACUCUCAAGGCAGCCAAGCAUUACAACAACAAAUGAUCCAGCAGCUUCUGCAAGAUAUGAGCAAUAAAAAUAAUGGGACAGCUCCACCACAUCAGUCCUUGUCUGCACAGAGUCAAGGUGGCAAUUUUUCGAGGGAAGGUGCUGGCUUUAGGAGUUCCCCGACAAUCAGUGGAGCUGGAAACGCACCAGGGAAUAGUGCUGGACGGCCUCCAAGCAGAAGCAAUAGUUUUAAUACAUCAAAUGCUGAACCUCCUACUACUGCUGGGAACAGCAUUGGAUUCAGUGAAAAAACGUCGGAUUUGUCCCAGAACCUGCAUCUAUCCGAUGAGUUGGUUCCUGAUGUCCCCCAUGAGUUCUCGGAGAAUGGUUUUUUUAACGAUGAUCUGGACGACAGCAUGAACUUUGACUGGAAGGCUUGACUAACUUAGUAUAUUCUCUGCUAUUAACAAGUCUUGAGCCAUGGAGUUGAACAGAGAAUGAUGUACAGCUUGUUUCAGUUUAAUCUUGUCUUUUCUUUUCUUUUCUUUUUUUCUCCUGAUUAUGGAAGUUGUUGGACAGUUUCUAGCACAUUAUUCUUUUUUGUUUUGACUUUUGUUUAUUCCUUUCUUAAACUAAUGGGUUUCCAUAUGUGAAACUUCUUGCAA